GAUCCCCAACAAAGGUCAUUCUUCAAUGACUGCUGUUUUUUUAAUUUAAUUUGCAUUACAUAUAAAGUUACUUUAUUCAUUGUACGUCAAUGGGUAGUAAGCACUCGAAGAUUCAGAAACUUAAAAUAAUUAACUUCCAGUUCUACAGUCACAUGACUAUCGUAGACUCGGAAGCCACGUAACAGUCAUAUGACACCUUGCCGAAAUGAUGCGAAUCGAAAGCUUCAGACUAAACGGGCGUGAGGCUGACUGCUGGAAAACAGAAAAGGAACAAGAAUGUGGAUCCUUCCCUUGUUACUGUCCUUCCUGGCCAUUGGUUUGGCUGUGCAUCCCCCUCCACUCUCACAGGAGAUGGUGAAUUAUAUUAACAAGGCCAACACAACAUGGACGGCUGGUCACAACUUCCACAAGGUUGACUACAGCUAUGUGAAAACGCUGUGUGGAACUUUUAUGAAUGGACCUAAGCUCCCAGUCUUGGAACGGUAUGCCGGAGACAUCAAGCUGCCUGAUACAUUUGAUCCACGGGAGCAGUGGCCCAAUUGUCCCACCAUCAAGGAGAUCAGAGACCAGGGAUCCUGCGGUUCUUGCUGGGCUUUUGGAGCGUCUGAAGCUAUGUCUGACAGAAUAUGUAUCCAUAGCAACGCCAAGGUAAAUGUAGAGAUCUCUGCCCAGGACCUGCUGACCUGCUGCAAAGAUUGUGGAUAUGGAUGCAAUGGAGGAUAUCCUUCUGCUGCCUGGACAUUCUGGUCCCAGGAUGGGUUGGUAACUGGCGGGCUGUAUGAUUCGCAUGUAGGCUGUCGACCCUACACUAUCCCACCAUGUGAGCACCAUGUCAAUGGCUCCCGGCCGUCUUGUACGGGAGAGGGGGGAGACACGCCAGAGUGCCUAAUGCAAUGUGCGCCUGGUUACACCCCUCCUUAUAAGCAGGAUAAACAUUUUGGACUGUCUACUUACCAAGUUAAUCCGGUGGAGGCUGACAUCAUGACUGAGUUGUACAAGAAUGGACCUGUAGAGGGCGCUUUCAUUGUCUUUGAUGACUUCCUGCUGUACAAGUCUGGUGUGUAUCAGCAUGUGAGUGGCACGGAAGUAGGUGGCCAUGCUAUCAAGAUUUUGGGCUGGGGUACGGAGAAUGGCACCCCCUACUGGCUGGCCGCUAAUUCCUGGAACACAGACUGGGGUGACAAAGGAUACUUCAAAAUUUUACGAGGACAGAACCACUGUGGGAUUGAGUCAAUGAUAGUUGCUGGGAUGCCCAAGAUUUAGAGGUGAAUCUAAAAGCAGGAUGGGUACAUUGUAACUUUUACUGAUAUCUCUGAAAUAUUUUAUUUUUUUAUGUUUGGCCAGUUAGCCAAGGGCUUUCUACUCAGCAUUUCAGUGGCGAUCAGAUUUCUAUGAUUAUUUCUCAUUUUUGUUUUUAUAAAAACAUAGGACAGGUUCCUUCCCAGUCACCCCCCAAAUGGCACUAAACUCUAAAAUGUGCCAAUGAAUUUAUUUAUACGAAGAUUAAGAAUAUGGUGAUAUAUAGAUGCACUUUUUAAUAUGAUUGAAGUGCCAUGUUGCAAAUAUGAUAUUCUUUUAAAGACUUUUUUUCCCUUCGGGGGGGAAAAAAAAUAUUUGCUUUUUAGAUUUUUAUUUUUGUGUUUUAAAUGAGAAGAUGUAUUUAAACAAAUAAAUCAUCUGUACCCAAUCAGUGUUUCA